UCUUCGUCUUCGUUCAUCUCAUAUUUACUCACUCUUUUCUCUUUCUCUCAUUUUCUCUUAUUUUCUCUCGUUUUCUCUCUCCCCAAACGCAAGGUUUUCUCCUGAUUCGCCUUUGUGAACCUUUCAGCGGCUAAUUAGAGUUCCGAGCUGUCCUUUCACAUUCGCCAUGAGCCGAUCGAUCGAGCCGCCACCGUUGCUCAAUCAUUCAUUUCGGAAUUCACAGAUGAGUGUACAUUCUGGUAGCAGUUCUCAUCGCUUCUUGGACCCUGACGUGAUCGAGAUUCCACCCCCAACUCGAAACCCUUCCAAUUUGAUGAAGCAGAAAGAGGCCAUUUUGCAUGAUGUGAUUGACAUCAACGACAAUGAUAACACUGCGGAUUUAGUACUAAUUGGUGAAAAAGUUGGCACAAGUAACAAGGGGAAGACAAUUGAAUCCAUUCAUGACGGUUAUGGUGACCAUCAACUAAUGGGAGUGUUUGAUGAUAUAUUUUGUCAGUCUGUUUUGGACAAAUCCGGACCAGGUAGCGAGGUCAUAUCCUCCAGUGGUUAUACUUCAGUAUCGCAUAAUUUGAGCAAUGUUGAUGGUCAUGGUUCUGACCAAUCAUUUGAUGAUGAUGACUACUCUGGUCUUUUUUUGGAAGAUUAUAUGGAUGUAGAUAAUUAUGCUUUACUAGAGGCACAUUUUGAUAAUGUCAACAUACCUCCUGGAAUUGAGGCACCCAUUCCUUGGUUGGCAGAAUAUGGUCUAGAUUUGAAGAAGACUGGAAGUAGUUCAUUGUAUCCUUUGUGUCAUACCCAGUCCGAUGCUAAAAAUUCUAAUGUGGUAUACUCAUCUCAGCCUUCAUGGUCAUUGGAGCCUACUAUCCCAGAAAUUCAAGGACCUUCAGCUGGUAAUUCUAAUUUGCAAAUCAAAAUGGAUGCUAUUGGUCACCCUUCUGGAAUAGAGUUAUCUUCUCCUCAGUUAUUUUCUCAAACUAUCCCUGGUCUGAAGAAAUCAGAUGCCUCACAGAGCAGGAGGCGUCAAUUAAAAUUGGCAUUAGGCCAGGAGACAUUGAAACCUAAUUGGUCUUUGGACCCUUCUGACUCUGAGAGUAAAAUUAAGCUUAAUGCUUUUGGUGCUUCAUCUAACAAUGGCUUUGUAGACAAUUCAGAGGCCAUGAAGCUGACUAAUGGAGGUGAGCCACCAUAUUGGGGACAAUCUGAAAGUAUGAAGAAGGCAGCCGGAAGUAGCAGUUCAUAUCAUUCAAAUUUCGUUGGACAUGUAGAUGGAUCAUUUUAUUCUCCGGGAACUGAAUUAAUGAAUCCUUGGUGGAUGAAGAAUAGCUUUCAUGUUAAGCCAUUUACUAAUUAUGCAGCUAAUUCAAGUUUUUAUAAUCCAUUUGUUCCUCUUCAUCCCGAGCAAGUGUUUGAUAAUACUUGGGCUGCGAGAGAUGGAAAUAAUGGAACAACUGCUGAUACUACUGUUGUGACUAUCUCUGAUGAAGUCAGAGAUGAAAUUCUGAGGAAAUUUCAAAAUUUUAAACAAUUUGACACCAUUGAAGACACUUCAGACCAUUUCUUUGUUCACGCUAAUCGUGCCAUGAAGCAGCAUUCAAAGAAUUGGGCUAAAAGAAUCCAGGAAGAGUGGAAGUUGUUGGAGAAGGAUUUACCAGAUUCAAUAUUUGUCAGAAUUUAUGAAUCAAGAAUAGAUCUUUUGAGGGCUGUGAUUAUUGGAGCAGAGGGAACUCCUUAUCAUGAUGGUCUUUUCUUUUUUGAUGUGUUCUUUCCCAGUGGCUAUCCCAAUGUACCACCACAAGUCCACUACCACUCUGGUGGACUUCGGCUCAACCCUAAUUUAUAUAAUUGUGGCAAAGUAUGCCUUAGUCUACUUAACACCUGGUCUGGCAAUAAGAAUGAGAAGUGGCUCCCAGGUGUUUCAACAAUUUUACAGGUUCUAGUCUCUAUACAAGGGCUGAUCUUGAAUACAAAGCCUUACUUUAACGAGCCUGGAUAUGCACGUCUGAGUGGUUCAGCUGAUGGUGAAAUGAGAUCUCUGCAGUAUAAUGAGGACACAUUCAUCCUAUCAUUGAAGACAAUGGUGUAUCUAAUAAGAAGGCCUCCUAAGAAUUUUGAGGACUUCGUUGUUGGGCACUUCUGCAGCCGAGCUCAUGAUAUUCUGGUGGCAUGUAAAUCAUACAUGGAUGGUGCUCAAGUUGGGUGUUUGGUCAAAGGUGGGGUUCAGGAUGUUGAUCAGGGUGACAAGAGCUGCUCAAAGCAUUUUAAGAAUUCCUUAGGUGCUUACGUGGGUAUGCUUGUUAGAGAGUUUACACAAAUUGGAGCUAAGAACUGUGAGAAAUUCUUGUCUCCGUCAACUGCAACAGCAACAGCAGGGAACAAACAAUUGGGUGAAUUGCCUGUGGCUGCUAUGUUAUUUUGACAAACCCAAUUUUGAGACUUACAAAGGCACAUUGCAUUUAAUUCAUACAGCUAGAAGGUUUAUGUUUUAUAUUACAUUGUUGAACUCGUUAUAGACUCUUAUUCUCAUGAACAAUGUCUGCACAUAAUUGUGGAUAUUGUAUAUAGUUGCAGAUGAAUAUUUAAUGCGUUGUUAGGAUUGCAUAAGAUCCGCGAUCAGAUGAU